AUGAUGAACUCCGAGCAUCAUCCUGAGGCUCAGCCAACCCGCUGUCAGGCGCCACGUCGCGCUGCCCUCGCCAUCUUUCAGUCGCGAAAGCCGUGUUUAUAGCGCGCGCUGCACUCAUCUCAACAAACCCUUCAUCACAUCCAAAGAAACAUGAACGUAUUCAGACUGACGGGGGACCUCUCCCAUCUAGCAGCCAUCAUCAUCCUCCUGCUGAAGAUAUGGAAAACCAGGUCGUGCGCAGGAAUAUCUGGGAAGAGUCAGAUUCUGUUUGCCUUGGUGUUCACCACUCGCUAUCUGGACCUUCUCAUGUCCUUCAUUUCUUUGUACAACACCACCAUGAAGGUCAUCUAUAUCGCAUGUGCCUAUGCCACGGUUUACCUGAUAUACGUGAAGUUCAAGGCCACGUAUGAUGGCAACCACGACACGUUCAGAGCGGAGUUCCUGGUCGUUCCAGUCGGCGGCCUGGCCUUCCUCGUCAACCACGACUUCUCUCCUUUGGAGAUCAUGUGGACGUUCUCCAUCUACCUGGAGUCCGUGUCCAUCCUCCCACAACUGUUCAUGAUCAGCAAGACCGGAGAAGCCGAGACCAUCACCACUCACUACCUGUUCUUCCUCGGCCUCUAUCGCGCGCUGUAUCUCAUCAACUGGAUCUGGCGCUUCUACUUCGAAGGCUUCUUCGACAUGAUCGCCAUCGUGGCAGGCAUCGUUCAGACAAUCCUGUACUGCGAUUUCUUUUAUCUCUACGUAACAAAAGUGUUGAAAGGAAAGAAGCUGAGUCUGCCAGCUUAAGUCUGAAAGAGCGCGGCACACGGGACGCAGAGGACGAGUAAGAUGCCUGAGACGGAGUACGAAAGAA